CCGACAACAUCAAUUUGGCUCGGAUACUUAUUAGCUGCUAUAAUCUCACUUCAACAACGCUUGGAAUGGCUCUUGUUUUCUCCGUCUUUCGGUGCAUUGUUCUUCUUUUGCUGCUUGGUUUUGGUGUUCAUUGUGAUGAAGUCGGACUCGGCAAGCAUGUGUUGGAUGACGGGAAAAUUGUUGAGCUCAAGGACCUUACGAAGAUUGCCAAAGACGACACGGAUCUUGAACGAUACAGGAAGCUGCCGGGAGCGUGUGAUGUUACCAUGGACGAUGGAAAUAUCAUUCUUUCGUACACCAAAAACUCCAAAACGACUGAGUCUGGCUGCUCUGUAGAUUUGGUCACAAAGAAUAAAGGUCAAGUCUUAUUGGAAUUUGUUAUCUCGAAUCCUGUCAGUCUGACCGAAUGUAUCAUGAAAGGAGAUGAUCGAAUUGAGAAUUUGAUAUUGUUUUCCUUCAGCAUGAAGCGAGAUGAAUUCGAAAAGCUCAAAGAGGGUCCUAGCUUGGGUGAUAACAGCGAUUGUAGCGAUGAGAAGGCUUGCGAAGGUCGUUGCUGGAAUUCGACAGCCUUCUACUUCGUUAGAUGGGCGGUAGAUAAAAAUGAUGAAUAUUAUGCCGCUCUUCAUCCAGUUCUUGAUACGCGUGGUGACGGUAGGGACAUAGAAUUUGAUGGUAUGGAUAAAGCGUCGUCUAAGAUUAUGUUUCGACAGAACCAAUUUCGGUUUCUAGGAGCAAAAAGUGAAUCAUUUCUUACUUUUUCCCCAAAUUGCUACAAGAUGGAAAAACUUGUAAAGGUUGAAGAAUGGAAGAUUGAGGACGAAAAUUACAAAAACGACCAAAACUUCAAUCAUCUCUUUACUUUCAACAUUAUGCCACCAAAACCGAUUCAAGCCCUUUUGUGUAAGAACAAUCUAACAAAACCAGGCUGUGAAAAGGAUUCACAUAUGCAAAAAUGUGACAAAAUAUCCAUCAAAUUUGACAAAGAAUACUUUCGAAUGCUUGUACCUGACGCUUCUUUUGGACAAACUACUACAACGACUACGGAGGAGGAAGAGACGACAGAUUAUGAUGAGACCACAGAAGUUACGAGUAAUUCAAAAACUACUGUCGUCGCUUCAGGACUGGGAACGAUUGCUAUUGUUUUAAUCACUUUUGGCAUUCUGUUAUGUGUUACAAUAGUCAUCGGCAUUUUACUGUGGUUCUUUGUGUGCCGUGGCAAGAAUAAAAAGGAAAACGAGCCAAAUGAAGAAGAAUACCCGCCUCAAACGACUACAACGACAACAACAACUAAAGCAAACUCGACUGUUGGAGGGAAGAAAGAUUCUUCUACUGUUGUUGGAACUCAAUACGAUGAGGACUUGAAUGAAGUUGGCACUGUUAUGGGUACUCAAAUCGGACCAGGCGACGUUUCUAAAUUGGACGUUGAUGGGUUUAGUGCAAAAGCUGGCAAAGUUCCGGAUACUUUGCGGAGUACAAAUACUGUUAAGGAUGAUCCAAAUGUUGUCAAUUCAAGAACUGGCGUUGCAGUUCCUGAAAGUAUCUAUGGAUAG